AUGACUAGUGCUCCUAUUGAUAAUAAAUGCAUUCCGAAUUACUGCAAACUGUUGCGAAAAAAUGAGUUAGAACGGUGUUUCUGGAUAAACGAAUAUGUUCAUACUGGUUAUUUACCACCGUAUCUAUCCGUAAUGCAAUAUGUGAAAUGGAUAUUUCAGUGGAAUAAUGAAACAAUUAAUAUAUGGUCCCAUCUGAUCGGCUUCUUCUAUUUCACAUGGCGUCAAUAUGAAACAAAUGUUUCUAUCUUACCUUCAUCAAAUGCUAAUGCAAAAGAUCACAUCGUUACUACAGUAUGUUUGCUUGGUUUACAGACAUGUAUGCUUUUAUCAUCAUUAUAUCAUAUCUUCGGUUCAAUAAGUCUUGAAGGAAGACGUAUGUUAUUACGGCUUGAUAUUUUUGGUAUAUCAUCCGGAUUACUUAGCAUGUAUUUGAUAGGUAUUUAUACCUCAUUCUUAUGUUUUGAGGAAUGGCAAAAGCGUUACCUGGCUUUUUUAUUUGGAAUAUCACUGAUAGCAGCAUAUUUACCGUUCAGUAAUAAUAUUAGUGAAAUGCCACUAUUCCGUUCUCAAAUAAGCUAUACUAAUUUAACUUAUUUGAUUAUUGUAACAUUAAGUUUUGCACCGGCAUUUCAUUGGGUUAUACUGCAUGGUGGCAUUGGCAGUGAUCAUGUCACGAAAUGGUUACCAAAACUUCUUGUUUUAUACGGAACAUCAGGAUGCGCAUUUUUGUUUUAUAUUUUGAUGAUUCCAGAAAGAUUAAAACCGGGUGCCUUUGAUUGCGUAGGAAAUAGUCACCAAUGGUGGCAUAUACUAAUCUUUACGGCAAUGUGGUAUUGGCAAAAUACAAAUCUUGAUUAUUUGGCAUCUUAUCACUCAUACGGAAAUUAUUGUUUAAUUUAUAAUCAUUUAUCAAAUAUUACUUCUGCAUAUUAA